AUGGGUGUUAAGUCGCUAUGGACCUUGCUGGAUCCUGUCGGCAGACCGGUUCCACUGGAGACUAUGGAAGGGAAGUCAAUGGCUAUAGACUCAAGCAUCUGGAUAUACCAAUUUCAGGCAACGAUGCGCGAUAAGGAAGGCCGGGGUUUGGUCAACGCUCACGUUCUUGGCUUCCUUCGUCGUAUAUGCAAGCUUUUGUUCUAUGGUAUUAAGCCUGUCUUUGUCUUUGAUGGAGGGGCUCCUGCCCUCAAGCGAGCUACCAUUUCUGAGCGCAAGAAAAAGAAAAGCGGGGCCGCUCUGAGUCAUGCAAAGGUUGCAGAACGGCUGCUUGCAGCGCAGAUGAGGCGGGAGGCACUGAACCAAGUCAAGACGAAAGGGUCUACCGGCAAAGGCAAGGCUCCAGAGGGACCUGUUGUUAUCAAUGAGAAUACAGUGUAUCUAGAAGAUGUUGACGAUUCUCUGCCCAAGACGCCGUCAAAGAAGAUACAAAAGGGGGUAACUGAGCCCACGCCUCCGUCGUCGAGAAAGAAGUCGCGUUGGCAUGACCAUGAUCCGUACAAAUUACCAGAUGUUAACCUCGAUGAGGCCAUUGCUAACGCGACACGGUCUAUGGUUCCGGACCCUCGUCUCGCAACUGAGGAUGAAUUACGCGCCUUCAUCGAGGAGAUGCGCCCGGAAGAUUUCGACGUCACCUCUCCUGAAUUCCGCGAACUACCUACAGAAGUUCAGUACGAAAUUGUCGGUGAUCUUAGGCUCAAGUCGCGGCAGAUGUCCUACAAGCGUCUUCAGAACAUGUUGAGAAAUGCUAAGACCCCAUUGGACUUCUCGAAGGAACAGAUCAAGAACCUCAAGCACCGUAAUGCUCUCACACAGCAGCUACUCAUUACUACCGACACCAUUGGGAAAGCCAAUGUCACCAUCCCUAUUAGGAUAGCCAGCGAGCGGAACAAGGAAUAUGUCCUCGUCAAGAACGAAGGCAACGAAGGAGGAUGGGUGCUCGGAAUUCGAGACGAGGGCACCCAGAGCAAACCAAUCGAGGUUGACCCUGGCAGCGACAAAGAGGAUGACCAGGACAGUGACGCUGAUAUGGAAGAAGUGGCGAUCAAUGAUAAGCCCGUAUUCGACCCGGAGAUGAGGGAAUUUCGGAGAGGCCAGGCCCUGGCCGCUUUGGCCAACAAGUACUCGCCAAAGAAGCUGGCACCGUUGACGUCGAAGGCAUCGCAUAAGCCAAAGAACGUACGACCGCUCUUUGCUCCAGAUGAAGAGGAGCUACAUCAGCUUCCGCCUAGUGAUGAUGAUAACGACCACACGCUUGCCCUGGUUAUUCAAGAGUCGUUGGACGAAGAGGAAGCCUCGCAGUUACGUCAGGCGUUGGAAGCUUCCAAAGCCCAGUUUCGCACCAACAAACCAGAUUCCGACGACGACUUGUACACCACGCCUGUACGUCUGGAGACUGCACUAUCCAUCGCAAACGUUGGUUCUGCUAGGAGGUCAUCGGGACAGAUCAACCAAGUCUCAAAUCAAUCACCGUCUAUGUUUGGUGUCCCUUCCCUACUUCUGCCUUCUCACGUUUCUCCUCCGGCUCCUGUAGCAGUCGAAAUACAGUCGGAUUCCGAGGAUAACAUGGAAGAGGUAUCCCUCGUACACAGUCGUGCGACACCGGUUGUCGUUGCCGCAGAAGCUACAUUCGAAGGCCGAGUCUUUCCCGAGGCUUCUGUUGAGCAGUUGCCUGAAGGACUAAGCUCGGAUUCAGAUGACGACAUGGAGGAAGUGCCUUCAACUCUACCAGUUAUGCAUACAAAAGCUACUUCGCCUGUCUCUCGACAAGAGACAUCGCCUCAGAACGGGUCUCCACUUUCUGAGUCCGUCCAAAGUCUAAGAACACUACCACCAAGCAGAGCCGUAUCCCUACAAGCCUCAAUCCACGGACCUCGCCAUAAUGAGACGUCUCUGGAGCUAGGAAACGACGGCCAGGUACCUCCAGACUCGGACGAGGCAUCUGACCCAUGGGAUCAACCUGUGUCUUCCACAGCAGAUCCCUCGGGGAGCACCCUCGUCCCUGUAGAGUCUACGGGGGACAGCUGGGACGCAGCGGAAGAAAUGGAUACCCAAGCAGAGGAAGGGGAGUUCGCUCGAUUCAUAUCGCAGGUCAAGGGCAAAGACAUUAAUGCUGUGCGGCGCGAAAUCGACGAAGAGAUCAGGGAUCUACACCAGCAGAGGAAAGCGGCAAUGCGGGAUUCCGAGGAUAUAACGCAGCAAAUGGUUUCUCAAAUCAUGAUUAUGUUGCGCCUGUUCGGAAUCCCGUACAUCACGGCUCCUAUGGAAGCAGAGGCGCAAUGCGCAGAGCUGCUCACCCUAGGUCUCGUCGACGGUAUCAUCACAGACGACUCCGACGUCUUCUUGUUUGGUGGCCUGCGCGUCCUCAAAAACAUGUUCAACCAAUCCAAGACGGUCGAGUGCUACCUUCUUGCCGAUCUGGAGCGUGAGCUAGGUUUAGAUCGAGACAAGCUGAUUCGGCUGGCGUACCUUUUGGGCAGUGAUUACACAGAUGGCCUACCGGGGGUAGGCCCAGUUGUUGCUAUGGAGCUUUUGAAAGAGUUCCCCGGGCAGGAUGGCUUGCACAAGUUUAAGCACUGGUGGCAGAAGGUCCAAGGCGGCAAAGAUACAGCUACCGACACCAACACCAGUUUUCGCAAGCGCUUUAAGAAACGGUUCAAGGACCUUUACCUACCUGACGACUGGCCUAACCCAGCAGUUAGAGAUGCGUACUACCAUCCAACUGCAGACAAGUCUGAGGAUCCCUUCAAGUGGGGGCUCCCUGACCUAGACGCGCUUCGAGAUUUCUUCAAUUCAGAAUUGGGCUGGCAUCAGUCGAAGGUUGACGAGCUCCUGCUGCCCAUAAUCCGCAAAAUGGGAAAACGAGGACAAAGCUCCGUGGCUAAGCAGGGGAGUCUUACGAGUUUCUUCGACGUUCCACUCGGAGGUGCAGCUCCUCGCAAGCGACAAGCUUACGCCAGUAGAAGACUGCAGCAAGUCGUAUCUGACUUUAGGAAGGAACGCGUCAUGCAACAGUCUGCCGAGUCUUCCGCAGCGUCAGGGGAAGAAGAUGCAACCAUCGGGUCUGAUUCUGAGGUCAAGGAGAAACCAGCCAAAAGGAGAAAGACGACUGCCGCCAAAGGGAAAGGCAAGGAAGGCACCCUGCCCACUAGUAAGAGAUCGUCGACUGCCAAAGGCAAGCGUGGGCGCGGUGGCAAAGCCAAGCAAGCCCGCAAGCGGCAAGCGUCUGGGAGUGCAGGCGAGUGCGAGGAUGUUGAAGUAACUCCCGCGAUAGCUGGGUCGCCUCCACCGCCGUUGUCUGUCAAUUUGCGGCCUCGACCGAAACCUGCCUACCGAGGCGCACAGGGGCCCACCACGUCAGAUGAGGAGGGCGAGAUAUAGUAUCGGACGAAUCGUUCGGUAGAUUUAGCACAAUAUGUUCCAGAUAAUUACUGGUGGCCGUAGCUUCACUC